AUGGCGCCUCCACUCCUUCCUUUCAGGGAUGUCAAUUUACAUGCUUCCCCGUCCCAUUAUGCCUUCACGUCGCCCUCAUCCCCCCAGGCACCAACCCUCGUGGUGGACCGGCCAACUGGAGACCUCCGCCUCAACAAUGGGCCCCUCGCCGGUGCGAAGCGGAUAUCCAGCAUUGCUGGAAUACUGGGAAUUCUGAAGUUGAAGCUAGACAAAUACCUCAUUGUGAUCACCAAAGCGCAGCCCAUGGGACGACUUCGUGGCCAUAUGGUGUACAAAGUCGCUUCAACCGAGUUCCUGCCAAUGCGUGAACGCCCACUUCAUGAUACUGAUGAGGAUACGUACCUUGCGCUGGUCAAGAACCUGCUUCGCACCGGUCCAAUGUACUUCUCCUACUCAUUAGACCUCACCAACAGCUUCCAGCGCCAAUCGCAGAGCCCCACAGAUCUUCCCAUGUGGAAGUGCGCCGAUGAUCGUUUCUUCUGGAACCGCUUCAUCCAAUCCGAUCUGAUCGAUUUCAGCUUGGGGGCGAAUGACACGAGCGGCAUCCGGUAUGGUCCACAACCUGGCGUGGACCCUUACAUCCUUCCUGUCAUGUUCGGCAUGCUGCGCAUUACUCCCGCUCGAGUGAAAUCCACCUCCUUCACAUUCGCACUCAUUACUCGCCGAUCCAGGCACCGAGCAGGCACACGAUACUUCUCCCGGGGAAUUGACGAGGAAGGCCAUGUCGCGAACUACAAUGAAACAGAGCAAAUUGCAAUCCUUAACGACUCAACUGGUGGAAUGUCAGGCUUUGCUGGAGGACAGUCCAUGUCUGAGGGCAGGAAGGGCCAGGAUCUCCAGGUGUACUCCUUCGUACAGACCCGUGGCAGUGUCCCUGUUUUCUGGGCCGAAGUCAAUAAUCUUCAGUACACACCGAAAUUACAGGUCCGGGGAGUAGACACCGCCGUUGAAGCCGCACGCAAACACUUCUCUGAGCAGAUUCGUCUCUACGGAGAAAACUAUCUCGUCAAUCUCGUCAACCAGAAAGGCCGUGAAGAGCGGGUCAAGAAUGCUUAUGAGCAGAUGAUUCGCACUUUGAUUACAUCGUCCCAUGAGAAUACCGAGGCUAGUGAGAAGACGCCCGAAAAGAUGCAUACUCUAGAAUCCGGCCUGAAGCACAAGGAGAUGGAUCGCCUGCACUAUGUGUAUUUUGAUUUCCACAACGAGACCAAGGGCCUUAAGUGGCACCGUGCUGAACUUCUGCUGGGCCGUUUGUCAGAGGGCUUGGCGCAGGGUGGUUACUUCCGUGGUGUGGAAGCCCCUGGUGCUCCAGGAGGACAGCUAGAUAUCCGGUCAACACAAGGAAGCGUUGUGCGCACCAAUUGUAUGGACUGUCUGGACCGAACCAAUGUUGUGCAGAGUAUGCUUGGUCGAUGGGCUCUUACCCGGCAGUUGACGGAUGCUGGCGUCCUUCAAACGGGAGAGACUGCUAAUGAUGACCGGGCAUUUGAGGACUUGUUCCGCAAUAUCUGGGCUGAUAAUGCCGAUGUUGUCUCUAAGUCCUACUCUGGCACUGGUGCCUUAAAAACGGAUUUCACUCGGACAGGCAAGCGCACCCGGGCUGGCGCGCUUCAAGAUUUGAACAACUCGAUCACACGAUAUGUGCGCAACAAUUUCAUGGAUGGUCCCCGUCAAGAUGGAUUCGAUGUUUUCUUGGGCACCUAUCUCCCAUCAGACUCAAUGGCAGUAAAUAUUCAGCUGUUCUUUGACCGACGGCCGCUUGUGAUCCAAGCUAUACCGUAUGUAUUUGCGGCAAGCUUGUUUAUGGUCUUGGUCGCAACCAUUACUCGCCGGCUGCCGGAUGCUGCGGUUUGGCCGCUCCGUCUUUUCACCAUCUUCUGGUUGAUCAUCGGUGCCUACUGCUUGCGCUUCAUCCAUGGGCAUGGCAUGCUUUAUGUCAACUGGCCCAAGCUCAAUACACCCAUUGCUGGUGCCGAAGGAUACCAGGAUGCUAUCAUUAAAGCCCGCAGUGAUCCGAUCAUUGGUCAAUGGCUCCCUUCGAGACGACACCAACGUGGUGUCAGUAAUGCUCGUCUUGUCUUUCUGGAGGAAGGUAAAACUCGCAUUGAAUAA